GGAGUGCUUGGCUCAGGUAUUCCACAGGGGCCCCUGGUUCUUUAGAAACAAUUGGCUGAACCAGCUUCCAUGUGUUUAUUAGAAUGCUCGUCCACGAGACUCACUGGCAUCCAUGUCCAAGGGUGGCCAGGAUAACACCGGAUCGACUUCACACGUCGAUUCACCAACAAGACAUCCUUUUAAUUAGCGGUAAGACAAAUGAACCCUGUUAUGUUCAACGAAUACGUCACAGGCCGAAUUCAACUUGGCUGGAGAGAUAGUACUGCAUCAUGCAAGCAGCCAUGAGCCGAUUAUACAUGCUUCUUCUGCAGACGAAUACCCGCUGCAUUAGUCGCUUGAUUUCUUGGAUGGCUUCUCCUCAAAGUAUAACAAGCAAGGCAGCCUUGGAAACCGCUAGGUUCGCCUGGUUCGCCAUGCAACGAAGCGAUACCAUCCAUCUCAUUAUGGCCGCCCUCAAAGAAUAUCGAGCAAUGCACAAAGCGGAAAUAAGGGCUUACGGUGCCGUAUACCCAGAGAUCAGAGACGAGGAAGAGUUUCGUUCGGAGGUAUAUAUAAGAAUAAGCGAAACGGUAGUGAACAUCGAACUGCAGUAUAAGAACAUUAUGAUACCUAAAGCCGAGUUCGACCUGGUUAUGGGAAAUCAUGGACAGAAUGCAGUACUCCGACAUACUCUCCAACGCAAGCACAAACCGCUGAGGCCAGGUCCAAGAGAAAUGAUCGACUCAUCACCGCUAAGACAAUACAUCAAACCGCAAGAUACGAAUAUCGACACCCGCGUGCAAUAACGAAAUAAGAAGGCAAAGUAAAGGGGCAGAAGUGGUGGUGGUCGUUGUUGUAUUGGGCCUGUCAGCCAUAUACACACAAGAGCGUUGGUUGUUAAUUCUUGGUUUUUGUAUCGGUUCCGUUGAAACGCAGCAGCGCAUGGGCAUCACAGCACGGCUUACUGACAAAGUGGACAUGCAGCUCAUGCAUGCAAAACAAGGUCGGAGAUGUGAGAGGGUUACCCGGGCGCAUCCUGUUAUUACUUGAUUGGUGGUGUGUUAGCACAACUCGAUUAUCUGUCAAUCUUGGAAGUGCCGUAAGGCUCAUGCUUAUGUAAGGGGUGGGUGCGACACGGGCCAGGCAGAUUGGAAGGGUCUAUGUACAUAAACGA